AGCUUCACGAUGGUUCUGCCUUAUAAAGUGGUGGAUACGUAUCAUGAUGCUGAGGUGUAUACUAGGGAUCUGCCUCGUGAAUUGGUGGAAGAGAGUCGGAUCGCGACGGAAAUCAUCGAAACCUUGAAAGUCUGGAAAGAAGAAGGACUAAAUGCUGCAUGGGUAUUUGUCAGCUUGCAGGUAAUGUUUGGUCUCUUGUAG